AUGAAGCGCCCAAGCUCACCACAUCACGCUCUCAGGAGCCAUGUCUUAGUCACUGGCGCUACAGGAUUCAUUGGCGCGCACGUCGUGGAUGUUCUCCUGUCCCGAGGGUUCAGGGUCCGCGGAGCCACCCGAUCUCUCGCCAAAGGGAAUGCCAUGAUCAAGGAUCGGCCCGAGAACGCCGGCAAGCUCGAGUUUGUCCAAAUUGGUGAUUUUGAGAAACUUGGUGUCUUCUCUGAAGCCAUCAAAGAUGUCGACGCCGUGGUUCACGUCGCCAGUCCAUUUACCUACGACACCAAAGACAACGAGAAGGAAUUGAUUAUACCAGCCAUCAACGGUGUCCGCUCUAUCCUUGAAGCAGCCGUCACCAAUCCCAAGAUCACUCGAGUGGUCAUUACUUCCUCCUUCGCCUCCGUCCUCGACGUCAACCGCAAGGCACCACCAUACUUUACAUACACGGGGGAAGAUUGGAACCCCUUGACCUACGAAGAAGCCGCAUCUCCGGAAACAAGCGCCGUAGUUGCAUACCGAGGUUCCAAGAAAUUCGCAGAAAAAGCAGCGUGGAAUUUCAUACGGGAGCACAACCCCCGCUUCGACAUCGUGACGCUAUGUCCGCCAAUGACGUUUGGUCCCGUGGUUCACCCCGUAAGCAGCGUCGACAAACUGAACGAAUCGAACGCAAUGCUGUGGAAGAUUGCAAGCGGACAGAAGCCCCUGCCUGUUGCUCGGGUCCCAUUCUGGAUUGAUGUCAGAGAUCUUGCGGUGGCGCACGUGGAAGCGCUCUUUAGACCGGAGGUGGGUAACAGGAGGUUUGUUCCGGCCGCUAAGGAUCGCUUUUCAUAUGGUCUGGCUGCCAAGAUCAUUGAAGACAACUUUGAUUGGGCCAAGGGCAAGGUCGCGCGGGAAGAACAAGCGAUCGACACUUCGCAUGGACUGGAUGGGGAGACGGUCGCGAGAGAGCUUGGCGUCGAGUACCGAACUUUUGAUCAAACGGUCGUCGACCUCAUUGACCAGGUUACGAAAAUGGAAGGCGGGACAGUAUGA